AACUAGUCCCUCAGCGUCACCGAUUUCAGGAUUGAUUGGUUGGCUGGCUUGGGGGGGGGGGGGUUUCAGCAGCUGGAAACUGGAAAACAACGUGCUGACAAAUAUAAAAUAAAUUCUUUCAUUUUAUUUUAUUUUAAUGUUGAUGUUGUGCUAGUGUUUGUUCCUCUGGAACCCAAUUUUCUCUUCUUCGUAUGAUCACUGAGAAACUCAAUAAAAAUCGUUGAAGAUCUUUUCUCUCUGUUAUUUUCGGUGCGUUUCCAGACAUACUGCAGGAUUGGCUUCACCAGGGGGGGGAUUCUAUUUGAUUAGAAACUUUCAUCGUUGGUGAUCGAUUUGUUGGAAAAAUAUAAACAAUGCUGUUUAGAGUCAAACAUCUGCUUCUCACUUUAUUUUUCAUCCUUGUCUUCCUUGAAUGCAUUACAGCAGAUAGUCAAAACGAAACUUCAAAAAGGACAAGAGCUCCCCUCAAUAAUGUAGGUAACAGUGUUAUAGGUGGCAUCGGUACGGAGGAGGUCAUAAGUUUUGAGGAUGACAACAAAGUAAUGGGUGACUGGAAGGGUAGUCACAGCAGAGUUUCUGCGUCCACAGUUGCACUUUUUGCAUUGGCAAUGGCUGCAGCAACUGGUUUAGGUGCAGUUCCUUUUUUCUUUGUGGAGCUCGAUCCUCACUGGGCGGGGAUAUGCAAUGGAAUGGCUUCUGGUGUCAUGUUGGCUGCAAGUUUUGAUCUCAUACAGGAAGGGCAGGAAUAUGGUGCUGGAAGUUGGGUUGUGAUUGGGAUUUUAGCUGGUGGCAUUUUUAUUUUGCUUUGUAAGAAGUUUCUUGAACAAUAUGGAGAAGUAAGUAUGCUGGAUAUAAAAGGAGCAGAUGCAACUAAAGUUGUUCUUGUCGUUGGAAUUAUGACGCUGCAUUCAUUUGGAGAGGGCUCUGGCGUUGGAGUUUCCUUUGCCGGCUCAAAAGGUUAUACUCAAGGCCUUUUGGUAACUUUGGCCAUAGCUGUACAUAACAUACCAGAGGGAUUGGCUGUGAGCACGGUUCUUGCAUCAAGGGGUGUUUCUCCACAGAAUGCAAUGCUAUGGAGUAUAAUUACAUCCUUACCUCAGCCAAUUGUUGCGGUUCCUUCUUAUAUAUGUGCCGAUGCAUUUAAUAAAUUCCUGCCCUUUUGUACUGGUUUUGCUGCUGGAUGUAUGGUUUGGAUGGUUGUUGCUGAGGUUCUCCCUGAUGCAUUUAAGGAAGCCUCGCCAACUCCAGUGGCAUCAGCUGCUACGCUUUCAGUCGCAUUCAUGGAAGCACUAAGCACUCUGUUCCAAAACUUCAGUCAUGACUUCAAUUCUGAGGAUGCUUCUGGCUUCGUUGUUUCGUUGCUUUUUGGUCUUGGACCUUUAGUGGGUGGUCUUGUCCUUGUUGCAUUUGCUCUUGCUUUCUGUUUUCAGCAUGCCUUUCUCAUGGGUACUGCAUCUGGCAUUGCCUUCAUCCUUGGUGCCUGGCGACCACUGCAACUACUUUUGUCUUCCAAAAUGGGAUUCUUAUCACUUAUGUUGCUACUAACUGUAGGCUGUGCAUUUGUUCAUGUUUCAAGCUCUGCUAUUUUGGUGAUUGUUUCUAACAAAAGAACUUCUAAUAACCUACCGACACUAACAAGAUUUCCAGUAAGUGUUCUCACACUCAAGUCAUUUUUAGCAUGUGGAGCUGUGGCUUUUCAUGCACUUGCUGAAGGACUUGCACUAGGAGUAGCUGCACCAAAAGCAUAUGGACUUGGCCGGCACAUGGUCCUUCCUGUCUCCCUUCAUGGGCUUCCCCGUGGUGCAGCAGUGGCCAGCUGCAUCUUUGGAGCUACUGGCAGUUGGUAUGGCUCUCUCGCAGCAGCAGCUCUGAUCGGCUUCAUAGGCCCAAUAUCUGCAAUUGGAGCAAUAUUGGCAGGAAUUGACUACAGUGGUCUGGACCAUGUAAUGGUUUUGGCCUGUGGAGGAUUGGUCCCGUGCUUUGUUAGAAUAGUUCAAAGAGCAGUAAGGUUAGAUAUGCGAAAAAGCAGCUGCGGGCUUGCUGUAGGAGUUGGUUUGGCUGCUCUCUGUUUAACUUGCACCAAGUUAGUUUGCUUGCACACGCCUUACUGCAAUUCUGCUCCAGAGGCUGUCAGAUAAGAUGAUCGUGCUUAAGCACCAUACCUAUGGUGCUUCAAUACAUGCUUGAGUCUGGCCUUUGCAUUAGUGUUUUGCGGGUUGUUUUAGUUUGUGGAACAGAUUAUGGAAAGAGAAUGAUACGAAGGAUUCAAUGAGAGGAUGGGAUUCCGGUCUUUUUGUAUGCUAGUUUUAAUCUUUUUACACAAUUUUAACGGACAAGGAGAUCCUUUGGCAUUGCUAGUUUGGAUUUUCACUUCAGAGCCUUGGCUCUAAUCAAGAUUGUAACAAUGUUUAUAUUCAGAGA